AUGGAAGCUAAGAGAACUGGGAAGAAGACCUCACCUAAGACUAUGUACAACUCUGGUUAUUCUUUGUCGUACUUUAACCACCUGCCACAUAAUGAAGCCAAGAUUUUAAGUAUGCACAUUGAGAACCUGACUAAGUCACAGAAGAAGAAAGUUGUAGAUGAGCCUUACAUAUUCAGAUUUUCAUAUCUUGACCAGUCAGAAGCUAUAGCAAAGAGAACUAUUGAGGAAAAGAAAGAUCCUUCUAUUCGGCUUGGAGAGGGCCUUAUUACCAAGAUGAACAGAUGCCUUGAAAGCGCACUGAAAUCAUACGCUAUUCUGGACUUCUCAGGGAUGAGCAUUCCUGUAAAACAAUUGAUAAAGCAUCUUUCAAAGCUUAAGUCUAUAUGUAUCUUAGAUAUAUCGUAUAAUGUCAGGCUUUUCAAGAAAGAACCAAGAGUAAAGUACUUCAACAGGUUCUUGAGAAGAAUUUUCCUCGCAAAAUGUCAGAAAACUCUGAAGAAGCUAAGCAUCGCUAAAUCAGGAAUGACAGAAGAACUGGCUUACAACUUCUGAAGAUGCUUGCCAAGAAUGAAAACUUUACAGAAAUUGGAUAUUAGUGGAAAUUUGAUUGGAGAGAAAGCAGCCCUCACUCUUGCUCAAUACCUUGAGAAUGAUGAGGUAUUAUUAGGAUUAGAUAUCAGUGCCAAUAAGAUCGGUGAUAUAGGUGGUAAAGCCAUUUUAGAAGCCUUACAAGAAAACCCAGCUUUGGUAGACUUAAACCUCUCCUUAAAUGAUAUGACUAGCUCAAUGUCAAAAUCAAUAUAUCAGUUGAUCAAGUUGAAUAAGAAGCUGAAGAGGAUCAAUUUUAGUUUCAAUAAGCUAGAAAAUGAAGGACUGAAGUCGAUCCUUGAUUCCCUAUCCUAUAACGAAAAUUUAAAAUGUAUCAACCUGGCUGGUAAUGAGAUCACCUCUGAUGGAUUUAAGUAUUUAUUAAAGUUCCAACAAUCAAUGUAUGGAUUCAGUCUGCUCAAGUUGAACCUCUACCUAAAUGAGCCGGAUAAAGACCAGAAGAAGGUCUUGUCAUCCAAAUUCCAAGAUUUGGAGACCAAGAUUUUAUUUUAA